CAGUGUAGCCGCAGCCAACUUCAUGUUGGUUAUGACUAGUAAAAAUCUGUUUGUGUUGCCGACAAAAUAAAAUAAUUUUCGUUUGACUUUAUCAAAGAAGACACGCAAAAUGGGUCAAAACCAAUCGGCACAAGGUGGAACUGGAGACAAGAAGGAUGACAAAGACAAAAAGAAGAAAUAUGAGCCACCAAUUCCGACUCGUGUUGGCAAAAAGAAGCGUCGCGCAAAGGGUCCCGAUGCGGCCAUGAAGCUGCCGCAAGUGACGCCCCAUACACGGUGCCGUCUAAAGUUGCUGAAAUUGGAGCGCAUUAAGGAUUACCUUAUGAUGGAGGAUGAGUUUAUACGCAAUCAGGAGCGCCUGAAGCCACAAGACGAGAAGAACGAGGAAGAACGUUCCAAGGUGGAUGACUUGCGUGGCACACCAAUGUCUGUGGGCAAUCUAGAGGAGAUUAUCGAUGACAACCAUGCCAUUGUGUCGACAUCCGUGGGUUCCGAGCACUACGUCAGCAUUCUGUCCUUUGUCGACAAGGACCAAUUGGAGCCUGGUUGCUCUGUCCUCUUGAAUCACAAGGUUCAUGCUGUCGUGGGUGUUCUAAGUGACGACACAGAUCCCAUGGUCACGGUUAUGAAGCUGGAGAAAGCGCCACAGGAAACCUAUGCGGACAUUGGUGGUCUGGACACGCAAAUACAAGAAAUCAAAGAGUCUGUCGAGCUUCCGCUAACGCAUCCCGAAUACUACGAGGAAAUGGGCAUUAAACCACCUAAGGGCGUCAUUCUUUAUGGUCCUCCCGGCACUGGUAAAACUCUUCUCGCUAAGGCUGUUGCCAAUCAAACUUCUGCGACUUUCUUGCGCGUUGUCGGCUCAGAGCUUAUACAAAAGUACUUGGGAGAUGGUCCCAAGUUGGUGCGAGAGCUGUUCCGCGUGGCCGAGGAGCAUGCGCCGUCUAUUGUAUUUAUUGAUGAAAUCGAUGCUGUUGGCACGAAGCGUUAUGACUCCAACUCGGGCGGAGAACGCGAAAUUCAGCGCACCAUGUUGGAGUUACUCAAUCAGCUCGAUGGUUUUGAUUCUCGCGGAGAUGUUAAAGUUAUCAUGGCAACGAAUCGGAUUGAAACGCUGGAUCCGGCGCUUAUACGUCCGGGACGUAUUGAUCGUAAGAUUGAGUUCCCACUGCCCGAUGAGAAGACCAAGCGACGCAUUUUCACCAUACACACCUCGCGCAUGACGCUCGCUGAGGAUGUGAACUUGAAUGAGCUAAUUAUGGCCAAGGAUGAUCUAUCUGGCGCUGAUAUUAAGGCUAUUUGCACAGAAGCUGGUCUAAUGGCAUUGCGCGAGCGCCGCAUGAAAGUGACCAAUGAGGACUUUAAAAAAUCAAAGGAGAGUGUUUUGUACCGCAAGAAGGAAGGCACGCCCGAGGGAUUGUAUUUAUAAGUCAAAUCAACUUUCAGUUAAUAUAUUAUAAUUCCUAAACACACACGCAUUAAAUCAGGUUAACACAUAAAUCAUUUCGCUUGCGACUUGAA